AUGUCUGCCCAUGACCGCGCUGCGUAUAUGAGCGCUCCACGACCCCGCGCCGUCUCCAAUCGCGUCGAUUCCGAAACUCGCGGACCGUCGGCGAUGCAAGUCGAGAAUAAGGACCCCUUGCGCCACAGCACAUCAAGUCAACAACCUAGAGCAUCCCGGGAUCAGAGGAGCAUGUCUGAGAAGCGAUCAGAACGGGCGAUGAUCACAACACGGGAAAAAGCAGUGCGAAGGAACCCUAUCACCUCUGUCAAGGAAGCUGUCAGCGCGGCCAGCAGAGGCGAUUGGGAUAAGACUCGGACUAGGAAACCAGUUCAGGGCGACAAUGCGCCUUUGAAUACCCGGAACGAGGAGAACGAUAUGGCUAGUUCACCAUGGAACCCCCAAGCGUCAUUGAUUCCUCACUCGACAGCUCCACUCGCAUGUCGUGUAUCUGUUCCACCUCUAGCUUCGACGGCUCCGCAGUCCCUCCAUCCUCGGCCACUUCGAGAGCUCUCAUCCGAUGCACAAGAAACCGCAAUCUUGGAGGACUUGCUGUUCGUUUUCAUGGGAUUUGAAGGCCAAUAUAUCCACUACGCUAGCUCAUACGACCCAUCGAUCGAGAAGGACCGCCUCACAGGCCCUGUCUUCCAAAUAGCCCCCGGCCUGGAUCCGACCCUACGCGAUCUCACGCAGUCCAUGUUAAAGAUGGCGACACAUUAUAGCGCGAUGGAGGCCUUUGUGGAAAUUCAAAGCCGCGCGGAGUGCGGUGCUGUUAGCCACUCGCUAUGUGCAUCUAUUCGAAAGCUUCUCAAAGACUACCUGAUCCUUAUUGCCCAACUGGAAGGCCAGCUACUGAACAAUCCUACAUUUACCCUUCACCUUCUUCACCUCCAUACAAUGCCCACUAGCCAAUGUCUGGCUCAAUUAUAUUCUAUGGGCCAGGAACUGUUACUCAAAAAUGGUCUUUUAGAUGAGGAGCUUGAGGAGUCAAUUGACGACUUUGAUGAGGAUGUUGACAAUAUCCUUGAACAACUCAAAGAAGGAGGAGACUUGGUACCAGGAUCCAUGGCGCGCAAGAAAAUGUGCAAAGGAGGCAACAUUCUCGGACUGCUCACGGGGCGUCUGGCAUCUUUCUCAGGUGAUCCGACCACUAAGACCCUUCUUCAAACAUUGUUGCGUGAUGCCAGUCGACCUUACAUGGCCAUGCUGAAUGAGUGGUUACACCAUGGCGGUAUCAGGGAUCCCCACGCCGAAUUCCUGGUGAAGGAACAAAAAUGGAUCAAACGCGAGAAGCUCGAGGAGGACUACACAGAUGAAUAUUGGGAAAAGCGUUAUACCAUUCGUGAGAAUGAGGUUCCGCCCCAGCUUAAGAGCGUUCAAGAUAAAGUUCUGCUCGCAGGGAAAUACCUUAACGUGGUGCGUGAAUGUGGUGGUGUCGACGUUAGCAAGGAGGUGAAAGAUGUCCCGAAGACGCUCGAUGAUCCGCGCUUUUUGGACAACGUUAACUCCGCUUACACCUACGCCAAUGCUUCUUUACUUAACCUCCUUGUCACCAAAAACUCUCUUACUACCCGAUUCCGAUCACUCAAGCAUUACUUCUUCCUGGAUCGCUCUGAUUUCUUCUCCUACUUCCUCGAACUUGGUGCUUCGGAACUACGAAAACCCGCGCGUGCCGUCAACGAGGGCAAGCUCCAAUCACUUCUAGAUAUCGUUCUUCGACAGCCCGGCAGUGUUGCAGCACUGGAUCCGUUCAAGGAAGAUGUCAAGGUUCGGAUGAACAAGAUCGGCCUCACAAAAUGGCUGAUGCAAGUCGUCAAUGUUUCGGGGGUGAACCAAGACGGCCCAGAAGCAGAGAAACAACAAGUUUCGGCUGCCCAUUCCGCAGAGGAGGACAAAGAUAUUUUAGGAUUCGAUGCGCUUGAGUUGGACUAUUCGGUUCCAUUCCCUCUGUCGCUGGUUAUCAGCCGCAAAACCGUUCUACGGUAUCAACUUAUCUUCCGCCAUCUUUUAUCGUUGCGACAUCUCGAGACAUUGCUGGUCACGUCGUGGGCAGAUCAGAACAAGACCAUCAGCUGGCGGCAUAAAUCCUCCGAUCGACGGCUGGAAAUCUGGAAACGGCGGGCAUGGAAUCUGCGCGCGAAAAUGUUGGUGUUUGUUCAGCAACUUUUGUAUUUCUGUACGGCAGAAGUCAUCGAACCUAACUGGAUUGGUCUGAUGGACCGCGUCAACAGAGUUGAUGCAAAUGCUUCGGAGGUGGAGGAAAAUGAUAUGAAGCAGGUCAACCGAACGGUUGACGAGCUGAUGCAGGAUCAUGUGGACUUCUUGGACACCUGUCUGAAAGAGUGUAUGCUUACACAGGCCAAAUUGUUGAAGAUCCAUUCAAAACUUGUGACUUGCUGCACCAUGUUCGCUUCCUGGACUGCGGCAUCACUUUCACGAGCGCUAGCUUCAGCUGAUCCCGAUCUGGCUGGGGGCAAAGUCCCUGGCGCUGAUGCCAGAGGAUUUGACCCCACGCGGAUUGGAAAGCUUGAGGACACACUGAAGCGAUACGAGGACCACUUCUCACGCCAUUUGCGGAUCUUGAUGGACAGCUUGAACUACUUCGCCGCAACGGAAAGUGUGGUGCUUCUAAAGCUUGCACACUCCUUGACUGCUAUCAGCCGUGAGGAGAGCAAGGAAGAUUGA